UAAAAUUAUAAAUACAGGCAUUUUCAUAAGAUUCAUUCAUAAACAUAAAGAAAAAAAUAAUUAAAGUUGAAAAAUGGGGAAAGUAAUUAGCAUGGCGUUGAUAAUGAUGAUACUAGCGGUCAUUGUGAUAGAAGGCGAAGCAAAAACGGAGAUAGAAUGCAGUAAGAUUUGCCGAGAGCAUUGUAAACGUUCAUCACCAGCAUCAGAAUGUGCGGCUUGUCGUAAAAAAUGUUACGAAUCUCCACCGGUUGCAAUGAGAGCCAGGAACCCUAUCAUAGAGUCGGAAGAUCAAAAACAUCAAUAAAAUUUUAUUUGUUUUGAUUGAAUAUAAAAUAUAUGCUGCUUUUAUAGAUGAAAAAUCGUUAAGAUAUUUUAAUAUUUCUAUGCAACUGUUUGAUUAAUAAGAUGAUAAAUUAUAUGUUUA